AUGGCGAGGUUGAGGGUGUUGUCUGCGCUUGACACAGCCAGGACGCAAUACUAUCACUUCAAAGCCAUCAUCAUUGCAGGGAUGGGACUCUUCACCGAUGCAUAUGACCUUUUCUCAAUCACUCUCAUCAUCAAGAUGAUCGGAAGGAUAUAUUACAGCGACAAAGAGAAAAAGACUCCGCCGGCGGUGGGCUCCGCCCUGGUCGCCGUCGCGCUGAUGGGAACCGCCGUCGGCCAGCUCGUGUUCGGAAGGCUUGGCGACCUCAAGGGGCGGAGACGCGUGUACGGAUUCGCCUUGUUGUUGAUGGUCUUCAGCUCCGUGGCCUCUGGCUUCUCCAUUUGCAUAACCAAAACCUGCGUUUUAAUCACUCUUGGCUUCUUCAGGUUUAUGUUAGGGCUGGGGAUUGGUGGAGACUACCCUCUGUCUUCAACGAUAAUGUCGGAGUUUGCGAACAAAAGGACACGAGGGUCGUUCAUAGCGGCGGUGUUUUCGAUGCAAGGAUUCGGCAUAUUGGCGAGCUCCACCGUGACGAUAGUGGUGUGCUCCAUAUUCCGUGUGGCGUCGAAGUCGUCGGAGGCUGACGUUGCAUGGAGGUUGAUUCUGAUGCUGGGUUCAGUUCCGGCAGCCAUGACUUACUACUGGCGUAUGAUGAUGCCCGAAACUGCCAGGUACACAGCGUUGGUGGAGCAAAAUGUGAUGCAAGCAGCGAAGGACAUGCAGAAAGUUCUUGAUGUAACGCUGAGCAUGAUUGCUGAGGAACAUCCUUUGCCACCGGUCCCACAUCCGUAUCCUCUGUUUUCGGGGGAAUUCUUCCGUCGCCACGGUCGUGACCUUUUUGCAUGUUCUUCAACAUGGUUCCUGGUGGACAUGGUGUUCUAUAGCCAAGUUUUGUUCCAAAGUGAAAUAUACGACCGCUACCUGAAAAAGGGAAACGUGGACGUGUAUGAAGAGGCUUUCAACGUGGCUUGGGUCCAAGCCGUUAUUGCUGUGUGUUCCACCAUUCCUGGUUACUUCUUCUCCGUGUACUUUAUUGACAAAUGGGGCAGGGUCAAAAUCCAAAUGAUGGGUUUUUUCUUCAUGGCAGUGAUCUUUUUCAUCAUCGGGAUUCCCUACUACUCUUUUUGGACAACUCCGGAUCAUGAAGGGAACAAAGGGUUCAUGGUUUUGUAUGGCCUUGCAUUUUUCUUUGCCAACUUUGGCCCCAACACUACCACUUUCAUAGUCCCGGCUGAGCUUUUCCCAGCUAGGUUUAGGUCAACCUGUCAUGGCAUUUCUGGGGCAUUUGGCAAGGUUGGAGCAAUCAUUGGAUCCGUGGGCUUUCUUUGGGCUUCUCACAACAAGGAGCAGGAUGGGUACCGUAAGGGAAUUGGGAUGCAGGUGUGCCUUAUCAUACUAGGAGGGGUGUGCUUAUUGGGAAUGUUGAUCACAUACUUUUUCACCAGGGAAACCAUGGGAAGGUCCUUGGAGGAGAAUGAGGUUGAUAGUGUGACCGAUGAAGCUGAAGAACAUGCCAAUCUUUGA